AUCCAUAUUGGACGCCAGACCCUUAACAACAACCAUCUGACCUAAUGGAAAAACCCAAGAGGAAUUACAAGAAAAACCCCUCAAGAAGAGAGAGUCGUCUUCAAAAAGUCUGCCCAACAAAGUCGUCCUCCAGGAUUAAAACUGUGACCCAGGAUUCAAAUCGUGACCCAGGUUUAAACCGAAGAGAAAAAUUUGUGCCUGAUUGAGCCUCUACACUUCUCCAUGCCUCCACACCAGUGAACGGAGAGGAUUCAGAACUAGUGGAAAGAACAGUCCAUCGACAAGAAAAUGCCAAAACACGAGCCUCUGACACCUAAAGCCAUUGCCAAUCGAAUCAAAGCUAAAGGUCUACAAAAAUUGCGAUGGUACUGCCAGAUGUGUCAAAAACAAUGCAGAGAUGAGAACGGCUUUAAAUGUCAUACAACUUCAGAAUCUCAUCAGCGACAGUUACUACUAUUUGCUGAAAAUCCUUAUAAAUACAUAGACAGAUUUUCAAAAGAGUUUUUAGACACAUUUAUUGAAUUACUCAGUAGAAGAUUUGGUACUAAAAGAGUACAUGCAAAUCAGGUAUAUCAGGAAUAUAUUUCAGACCGACAUCAUCUUCACAUGAAUGCUACAAGAUGGGAAACAUUAACAGAUUUUGUUAAAUGGCUAGGAAGAGAAGGACAUUGCGUAGUUGAUUAUACUGAUAAAGGAUGGUUUAUUAGCUACAUAGAUCGAGAUCCUGAAACAAUAAGAAGACAAGAAGCUUUAGCAAAAAAAGAAAAAAUGAAUUUAGAUGAUGAAGAGAGGAUAGCAAAAUUUAUAGAAAAGCAGAUAGAGAGAGAUAAAGGGAGCACGAAAGAUGAUGAUGAUGAUGCUAGUUAUUCUGAGCUAAAGAGAGAUAGCGAAGGAGAGAAAGUGGCAUUUUCAUUAACUGAAAAAAUUAAAGAAAAGACAAUACCCAAGGCAAAACCGCUUAGUAAGUUAAUAUCAAAACCAUCGUCAUCUAAUAAUAAUAAUGAUGAACAAAACAAACAGAGUAAUGAGGCAAAAAAGCGAAAGAAUGUCUUGGAUGAAAUUAUUGAAGAACAAGAAAAAAGAAAAGAAAAAAUUAAUAGAAAAGAUCACUGGCUUGCACCAGGAAUUAUUGUAAAAGUGAUAACAAAGAAAAUGUCAGAUAAAUACUACAAAAAGAAAGGUGUCAUAACAGACAUAAAAAAUCAAUAUGUGGGUAUAGUUAAAAUGUUAGAUGGAGGAGAUGUUUUAAAAUUGGAUCAAGUGCACUUAGAAACUGUAAUUCCAGCAUUUGGAAAACAAGUUUUAAUACUGAACGGAGCAUACAGAGGAUGCGAAGGAAUACUUCAGAGUAUUCAGCAAGAUAAAUUUUGUGCUACUAUAAAAAUUUCAUCCGGACCCUCGAGAGGCAGAGUCGUUGAAGGAAUUGCAUACGAAGACUUUUCGAAGUUACAUACUUCAUAACAUUUACUUUUACGUACGUAGGAAUAUUGUAAAUACGACAUUAGGGAAGAACGAAUUCCAAAUUAUUAUGUGGUAUUUUUUUUUUCUCCAUUUUGUAAUAUUUUCUAAAAAUAAAUUAUUAUUUUAUCA